AUGAUCAUCGACAAAAGAGAAAUAUGGGCAGCAGAUUCCGAUGGAAAGGUUAGAAUCAGUAUCGGAUUCUUAGAAAAAGGACAUCGAUGGCGGCGCGACGAAGUCAAAGAUAUCGCUCGAGAAUGGGAAGAUGCCUGUCCCUGCAUUUCCUUCAAAUGGACCAGUGACAUUGACAAUUGCGAUGUGCGUAUCAGCUUCAAUGGCAAUAUAAGUUGUUCCGAGAUCGGAACCAGUGCAAGCGACGAUUCUGAUGGUGAUCAUCCGACAAUGUCGCUUGGCUAUACAUCGGAUUACGCCUCGAGGAAGCGCCAUAUUUUACACGAGUUCGGCCAUAUGCUCGGUGCUGAGCAUGAACACUGCUCUCCGGAAUUCCCAUGGGAAUUCCAGAAAAAAGAGGUGAUAAAAUCCUCUGAAAGAGAUGUUCGAAGCAAACAUUCAUCUUGGUCACCUACGAAAGUAAAAAACGAAGCAAAGGCUUGGGCUCAGAACAACGUGUUCAAGAAAUUGGAUGCGAAAUAUCUUAUAUGCUCGGAUUUUGAUGAUAAAUCCAUUAUGUUGUAUCCAAUGAAGGCGGAUUGGUUGAAGGAUAAUCCAGACGAUCCCCUACCAGAAGACUUAGAAGAGAACUAUCACCUUUCACACGACGACCGAAAGUACAUGAGAAAAGCCUACAACUGUCGGGUUUCACGUCCAGAUUCGGCAGACCCUCGGCCACAACCACUCCCUCAACCGGCACCAUACAUUCAACCGGGACCAGUUCCCUAUCCAGGUGGCGGCGUGUUCGGUGGAAUGCCGGACUGGUGGCAGGCCAGGUGGGGUGGACCAUACGGUGGACCAAAGGUGAAUUGA